AUGAGUAAUCAAACAUUUCUUAUUGGUACUGGUGUUGAAAGUAUUUAUGCAUGUAGUCUUUCAUCAAGUGGACAAUUACAAUUACUUAAUGAAAUUAAAUGUGGACAAGGUUCAUCAUGGCUUUUACGACGAAAUAAUUUACUUUAUGUUGCUAAUGAACAUAUCGAUAAAAUAGAAACAUUUAUAAUUGAUGAUCAUAUUCAAGGUAAAUUGACAUUGAAAAAUACAAUAUCAUCAAUAGGUAAUACACCAUGUUCAUUGGAUAUUGAUUCAACAGGAAAAUGGUUUGCAGUAGCUAAUUAUGGUCAUCAAGGCACAUCGAAUGUUGUUCUUUUUCCAUUAAAUAAUUUAAAUUUACCAGAAGAAAAAAAUGCUCAAAUAAAUACAAUUGAUGGACGUGGUCCAAAUCCUGAUCGUCAAGAUCAUUCACAUUGUCAUCAAGUAUUAUUUUAUCAAAAUUAUUUAUAUGUUGUUGAUUUAGGUACAGAUACAUUAAAUAUAUAUCGUUUUAAUAAUGUAAAUGGAGAAGUUAGUUUAAUUGGUAAUCGUAUAAAAACAGAAGCAGGUGCUGGACCACGUCAUAUGAUUUUUCAUCCAAAUAAAUCAUUAGCUUUUCUAUGUAAUGAAUUAAAUUCAACAACAAAUGUUUAUCGAAUAAAUGCAUCAUAUGAACAAUUUGAAUAUCUUCAAACAAUAAAAACACGUCGACAAGAAGAUGAAAAUGAUUCAAGUAAAGAAAACUAUCCAGCUGAAUUACAAUUGACACCAGAUGGAAAAUAUUUACUUGUAUCAAAUCGUGGUGAUGAAAAUCUUGUUAUAUUUAAUAUAAAUGAGAAUAAUAAUGAAAUUUUAAGUGUUAAAGAACAUCUUGAUUGUCGUGGUUCAUUUACACGUUAUUUUACAUUCGAUCCAACUGGAAGAUUUCUUCUCGUUGCUAAUCAAAAAUCAAAUAAUUUAGUUUGUUUUUCAUAUAAUAGGGAUAACGGUACAUAUACAUUUGUUUCACAAUUGGAUAAUAUUCAAAGUCCUCAACAUAUGGUUUUUCUUUGA